UUAGUUCGCAAGAAGAAUGACAAGAUGUUUGAAGAGCAAAUUCAAAGGAUGGUUACAGAGAAUGAAAAACUAAAACGCAAGCUCAAGAAGAAAGAAAAAAACAAAACUGUGAGAGAAAAUAAUAAUCUAUCCAAUGAUAGCAGUUCAGAUGCUAGUGAUAGUGAAACUGGUAAGACAGGGUUUGAACCCGGAGAUGUGUUUGCGAUAGGCGAUAUCAUGGAUGAGGUUGAUUCGGUCACGGAACUCUACGUGCUUCGUGCACAAGUAACAAACAAGUCAUAUGGUAUAUCGACCUGG